AUGAAGAUCCCACGCAAUGUAAAUCAUUCCUAUCUCGGAAGUUCCGGUCUGCAUGUUUAUCAGCCGGACCUAAUCAGCCCGUUUUGACCUAAAAUCUCGCUUACUGCGACCCCGCCCCCUUUUCGCUUAAGCGAGGUAAGCAAACGACGACAUCGAACUGUGACGGCAGCAGCACAUUGCCCCUCGUGCUGAGAGUGAAUGCCAGACUUGUCCACCGCUCACUUUCUUUAGACUUCAAAGUGCUCGUAGUGUUGCCAUCCAAGUAUUCGUGGUUACUGUUAUGACAGCAUUGGAUCACGAUGCCUACUAUGGAUCAAUUGUCAGGUCUCUUCAGAAAAAAGUCGUCGGAGUCAUCUAAAGAUGAUGAGAGCCAGCAACCAUUUCUACCUGAAAAUAUUGCUGUAUCCAAAGGGGCCAAAAUUCCUUCAUCCUUUCGAAUUAAGCACGUUGUCAUCCUUAUCGCAACAGCAAUAUCCAGCAUUACUAUCCUCGGUCUAUUCUACGCAGUUCUCAGACAUCCAGACCCGACGCCGAUACCGACAUCUUCAUCAGUUGUCCCAGAUCAAAUCUUAGAAUGCGGAACCUCAGCAUCAGAAGCUAGGUCAAAAGGCUGCGUCUUCGAUGUCAUGAACUACGCAUGGAUACCAACUCCGUGCUUCAACAAAACUCUCUCUGAUGAGUACUGGGAAGGGCUAGUCUCUCACGGAAUCGAAUUCUGGAGCGAUGCUUCAAGAUCGGAACUUUUGUCUCACGAAGAUAUUCUCGCUGCAAGGCAUGAAUAUUCAUACACCUCGUGGCUGCUCCACCUCAAGCAUUGCCAGUAUCUUAUCCAUCGACAACUUCAGUGCCUGACUUAUGGCACCCCGGUGGACAAUGUUUCAAGGAACAUUUCCCAUGCAGAGCAUUGUCUGGAAGAAGUCAGGAGUCCUGGAGAUAUCAAGACUAUGCUGUUCACUGGGACAGCAUAUUUGAAGUGUGCUCAGGGAGUUGGGGAUAUUGGACCGAUCUAUUGGAAUGAUCCUCCGAAAUCUGCAGAAGUUCAUCCAAGAUUGCUCUGAAGUUGUUUAAAGGAGUUUUCAGUAUCUAUUGUCAUUAAAUUUUGAGGGGAAUGGAUGUAGGGGAAGAAAUGCAUUGGUUUCCAUAUUUGCUUGGGGGGCCAAGGCGGUGUUUGAAACCAUACAGUACGGGGUCUACUGGGUCUACUCACUUAUGAGAAGUCUUUUAAAGCUUGGAUCUACCCUUGUUAGGGCUUUCUUAUCCAUAAUAAAACAAUCAAGGAACUCAAUUGCAAAAACUCC